CAAAAAUAUUAAAAUGGCAACUUUAGGAGAUUAUAAGCUACUUAAAAUGCUAGGCCAAGGAGCAUUUUCAAAAGUCUUCCUUGGCGAACACAUGGAGACAGGAAAAAUGGUAGCCUUAAAGGUUAUUGAUAAGAAUAAAAAGGAUGGUGAAAUCGACUUUAAUGAGCUAGCAGAAAAAGAAAUCGAAAUAACAAAAGAGAUAAGCCACCCAAAUAUUAUUAAACUUCACGAUUCGAGUACUUCAGAGUAUAUAUCUCUUGGUCAAUGUGGCAGACAUAAAGAAGUUAACUAUAUGGCACUGGAAAUCGCGUCAGAGGGAGAAUUAUUUGACCUGAUUUAUCAGACAGGAGCAUUUAAUGAACGAACAGCUAGAUUUUUUUUCCUUCAACUUUUGGAUGCAUUAGAAUACCUUCAAGGUAUCGGUGUCAGUCAUUGCGAUAUUAAAUUGAACAAUGUCCUUCUUGAUCAUAACUUCAACCUAAAGUUAUCUGAUUUUGGACUCAGCACUAAAUCUCUUAAAAAUCAGACAAUUAAAGGUACGGGUGAGUACAUGGCCCCUGAGAUUUUUAUGGGCAAGCCAUACUAUGGCCACACCGUUGACCUCUUUGCAGCAGGAGUUCUGCUUUUUGGCAUGGUUAUGGGGAAUAUGCCCUUCUUCAAAGCAACUCUUGACGAUCCUUACUAUAAGGCAAUUGCAGCUAAUAGAAAAGAUCUAUUUUGGAAGACUCAUCUAUCAAAGGUAGACAGCUCUUUUACAAUAUCAGAAAGCUUGGUUGAUUUAAUCUCAUUAAUGUUAGGCUAUUUCCACUUGGAGAGACCAUGAAUUUCCGAAGUCAAAACUCAUCCAUGGUGCUUGGAAGAAGCAGCCACUCAUAAAGAAGUUAUCCAAGAAUUCAAUGAUCGAUUUGAUAUGCUAAGAGCUGAAGCUGAAACUAAUGCUGAUGAAUGUAUUAUUCCAGAAGACAACUAUGACCAGGUGACACAAGAAGGUAUCCAUAGAGGAGUUGAUUCUGGAGACUCUGAUGGCUUUGAGCUAACAGGAAUGAUGGACUACAUUCCUGAGUAUACAAGAAAAACUUCCUUCUGAUCUACCUCGGAUCCUGAAGUACUUCUAAAGGUACUAAUAGAAUUUUGAUUAAAGAAUACAUCCUCAUUGAUUCUCUUAAAAGAUCAAUACACUGUUAAGUUUAAGAUCGGUUAUUCAUUAUUUGCUGCCGAAGCAGCCAAACAGAAAAAGAAGAAGACUUCUAGUCGCCCUGCCGAUGCUGACAGAAAGGUAAACAUCCUUGUAAGAGUCCUGAAGUUCAAAGAACAGGAGAAAUACUGAGUAGAAGCAGUUCCUGAGAGAGGAGAUAGAGUCCUAUUCAACAGAACAUUCGCAUUAUUAAAAACUUUCUUUGGAGGUCAUGUGAAUUGAACAGAUGUAGAAUAA